UUCCGCCCGGGCGGGUACCCGCCGCUCGGGUUCCACCCCCGCAGUUAUACUCCGGCUGGACAGGAGGCUCUGCCGCCCACUCCACCCUUGUGGACAAAGGCCUCCUCGCCCUCCGGGUGGCCACCGAGGUGGAGCCGCGCCCGACUGGGGAGUGACCUCUACCCGCCAGGCUCUCCCGGUCCACAGGCAUCGCACAAACCAGAGCUGGGAGACAGGAUUCGAGCUCCGGGUCGCCCGCAGCUACUGACAUUCCAGCGACACCUGGGCUCCCCGCACUCUAGGGUAGUGGCAUGGAGCCCCAGAACAGCCCACUGACCACACACGUGCUAGAUACCGCCUGUGGGCUCCCAGCCCAAGGCCUCUGCCUUCGUUUGUCCCGGCUGGAAGACCUCGCCCAGCAGUGGACAGAGCUGAGGAAGAGCUACACAGACCCAGAUGGCCGCUGCCCUGGGCUUCUGACACCAGGCCAAAUGAAGCCAGGCACCUACAAGCUGUCCUUUGACACUGAGGCUUACUGGAAGAAGAGGGGGCAGGAGAGCUUCUACCCAUAUGUGGAGGUAGUUUUCACCAUCACAAAGGAAACCCAGAAGUUCCACGUGCCUCUGCUUCUGAGCCCAUGGUCCUACACCACCUACCGAGGGAGCUAGAGAGCCAAGCCUGGCCUGAGAGCAGCUGUCUGCCCCUCCCUCUCUCUGGCUCUGCCAACACUCAAUCCUCAAGAGUGGGCUUUGUGCUCAGUACAGGCAUUGGGCUGUCUCCUGUAGAAGGUUCUGGCCACCAUGAAAUUUCAGCUGUGACUCAGGUGUCAAUAAAGUCAGUACUAGCAUCUGCAAAGCUGUUCACAUCAUUGGGACAGGGAGAAUACGUGAAUGGCCAGAGCUCUGUUAGUGCUGCUCUGGCCCCAGGUGAGCAAGGGACCCUCAGAAAAGGAACCUUUGAGGUCAGAGGCAGGACUGAGAGGGGUGGACAGAUGGGACACAACCAGAGAAGGGCACAGAUCAAGAGGCUCUGGGCAGAGACCUUGUAGGCAGUUCUCCCCAGAGAUAAGCAAGAGAACACAAAGGAAUGUGGAAAAACCUUCAUUUGCUCCCAAUGAAGCAUACAAACUGGCCCCCUUGGGGUGAAAAGGAUGUCAUCUGGAGAGUGAUGCUAAGCUAGCUCCUGGAGCAGCAGCACCAAGAGGGCGGCCAUGUCAGGGUAACUGAGUUCCAGGGCCUAGUGUGUAUCUGAACAAAGCUGUCUCCAGGGACUUGAAGCCCACCUUGUCCAGGGGAUCCCAAACACUAGCAGCUUUGCCUUGUACAUGCACAGCAGGUCAUGGUAAGCCUACAGGGAUAGGGCAGCAUCAAGAAAACAAGAGAAAUGUACCUGGGGCACCAAGAGCUAGGUUCCACUCCAGGGAGAAGCAGAAAGGAAGAGGAGCCCACAUCAUGGCAUAAAAACACAAAACAAACAUGUCAAUGGUUUACUCAGUGCCAG